CUUAUUAGGGUUUGCGACUGGAGUAGCCGUGUCGAGUCUCGAGUCUUUCGUUGCGUUUACGUUCCUCCUCGGCCCUGCGCGCUUCGCGUCUCCAUCAUGGCGGAACAGACGGAGAAGGCUUUCCUUAAGCAGCCGAAGGUAUUUCUUAGCUCCAAGAAAACUGGGAAAGGGAAGAAACCUGGUAAGGGCGGCAACAGAUUUUGGAAAAACAUUGGGCUAGGGUUCAAGACCCCGAGGGAAGCAAUUGAAGGGACUUAUAUUGAUAAGAAAUGCCCAUUCACUGGAACUGUCUCAAUCAGGGGCCGAAUUUUAGCUGGUACAUGCCAUAGUGCCAAAAUGAACAGAACCAUCAUUGUAAGGAGAAACUAUCUUCACUUUGUGAAAAAAUAUCAAAGGUACGAAAAGAGACACUCAAAUAUACCAGCACAUAUUUCUCCCUGCUUCCGCGUGAAAGAGGGUGACCAUGUUAUUAUUGGGCAGUGCAGGCCUUUGUCUAAGACUGUAAGGUUCAAUGUGUUGAAAGUCAUUCCUGCCGGAUCAACUAGUGGAGGCAAGAAGGCUUUUGCAGCCGUUUGAGUGGACUACUGUGGAGACGAUGAUGCUGGAGGGACGGCUUUAUAUAUAUAUUUCUGUAGUUUGGACCUCUGAUAUGCUUAAGAACGCAUCUGAGUGGUUUUUUAAUUGAUCGUGGAAAUUUUCUCUCAAGUUUUACUUGCUGGAAAUGUGGAAUUGACAUUUUUAAAAUUUCCUGUUAACCAAUUUGAUUCUUAAAUUUAA